GCCGGCGCUGACGCGGGGGGCGGCUCCCCGCGCGCGGAUAUCAGCCGGCUGGCGGCCGCGGGGCACGGGGCGCGGAGCCGGGGUCGUGCACCUGCCCGGCCUCUCCGUCCGCCUGCCGGAACCCUCCCUCCCAUCCAGGAACCUCGCCGAACCCCAGCCGGAGCCCCGGGUCUCAGGGGACAACGCAUCUGUGUCGCCCCGGGGCCCAGACCCCCCUGUGGACAGCCCCCGUCGGACAUGGGCGCGGCGGCGGGGGGCCGCCUGUGCGCGGCUCGGCCGCCCCGGCCCCUACCCCGGGGCCCCCUGCGCGCCUAGCGCCGCGGCCCAGGACCCGCCCGCCCCGAGGCCCCGCCAUGAAGCUGGCGCUGCUGCGGCGGCUGCGCGCGCUGGUGGUGGCCGGGCUGCUGCUGGCCGGCGCCCUGCACGUCGCGCUGGACCUGCUGCCCCGCCUGCGGCCCGCGCGGCCCCGCUGCUCCUGCGCCCUUGGGGCGCCCCGGCCCGCGCCCGCCCGCCACACGCUGCGCGCCCUGCAGGACUUCAGCGCCGAGCCCGCCAACCUCAGCUCCCGGGGGCUGGAGGGGCCCCCAGCCGACGACCCCCGCGCCCCGCGGCCGCCUGAACGCCGCCGGCUGCUGCCCCCCGCGACCCCCGCCACCCCUGGGCCCGCCCGCGCUCCACUCCUCGCCAGGCUUUUCCAGCACCCGCUCUACCAAGUGGCCCCACCACCCCUGGGCGACAACGACGUGCUCUUCAGCGUCAGCGGCGACAGCAGGCCCAACCUCAAGGCAGCCGAGGGCCACGACUGGUCACAGGACGGCACUGAGGGACGUGGCCCGCUGCCCACAGGGGCCGCGGCAGUGGACGCCUACCCCAACUGGCUCAAGUUUCACCUGGGCAUCAACCGUUACGAGCUGUACUCCAGGCACAACCCGGCCAUCGGGGAGCUGCUGCAGGACCUGGCCACGCAGAGGAUCACCAGCGUGGCCAUGAAAUCGGGGGGCACCCAGCUCAAGCUCAUCAUGACCUUCCAGAACUACGGACAGGCACUGUUCAAGCCCAUGAAGCAGACACGGGAGCAGGAGACGCCCCCCGACUUCUUCUACUUCUCAGACUACGAGCGGCACAACGCAGAGAUUGCCGCCUUCCACCUGGACAGGAUCCUAGACUUCCGCCGGGUCCCGCCCGUGGCUGGCCGUGUAGUCAACAUGACCAGGGAGAUCAGAGAUGUCACGAGGGACAAGAAGCUGUGGAGAACCUUCUUCAUCUCCCCAGCCAACAACAUCUGCUUCUAUGGUGAGUGCUCCUACUACUGCUCCACGGAGCAUGCACUGUGCGGCAAGCCCGACCAGAUUGAGGGCUCCCUGGCUGCCUUCCUGCCCGACCUGGCGCUGGCGAAGAGGAGGACAUGGCGCAACCCCUGGCGGCGCUCCUACCACAAGCGCAAGAAAGCGGAGUGGGAGGUGGACCCCGACUACUGCGAGGAGGUGAGACAGACGCCCCCAUACGACAGCGGCCAGCGUGUGCUAGACAUCAUGGACAUGACCAUCUUUGACUUCCUCAUGGGGAACAUGGACCGCCACCACUACGAGACCUUUGAGAAGUUUGGGAACGACACCUUCAUCAUCCACCUGGACAAUGGCCGGGGGUUUGGAAAAUACUCGCAUGAUGAACUCUCCAUUCUGGUGCCUCUACAGCAGUGCUGCAGGAUCCGGAAGUCCACCUACCUGCGGCUGCAGCUGCUGGCCAGGGAGGAGUACAAGCUGAGCCUGCUGAUGGCCGAGUCGCUGCGGGAGGACCGUGUGACCCCCGUGUUGUUCCAGCCACACCUGGACGCCCUGGACCGCCGGCUGCGCGUGGUGCUGCGGGCUGUGGGGGACUGCCUGCAGAGGGCUGGGCCAGCCAGUGUGCUGGAUGACGACCUGGGCCUGCUGCACAACGCCCCUGCCCCCAGGUAGUGAUUGGUGCGGCUACUGCCCAAGCUAGGACAUGCCUCCAGGCCCUGGACACACCCCCAGGUGCUGGAGGCGCCCCUCAGGCCCUGGACACAUCCCCAGGUGCUAGAGGCGCCCCUCAGGCCCUGGGCACAUCCCCAGGCGGGGCGUACUCCCCAGGCCCUGGACAGGCCCCCAGGCUCCGGACAUGUUCCCCAGGCCCUAGACAUGCCCCCAGGCUCUGGACAUGUCCCCCAGGCCCUGGACAUGCUCCCCAGACUGGAUGGACAUGCUCCCCAGGCCCUGGACACACUCCAGGACUCCAGCACUGGAGGCCAGAGGACAACGGCACAGAAGUGGACGUCAGCUGGGCAGUGGAUGUGGUCACACCCUUCUGCAGGGAGGCCGCCCUUUUGUACUUCUGUCUGGGACCCAUGGACAUAGGCAGGGCCAGAUCAAGGGCAUGGUGGGGCCCUUGUCUGGAUGCUCAGACAGCACUGACCCCCUUCCCCAGCCCUCCAGGAUUUGGGGCUCCUGCUGGCCGUGGGAGGCUUGCCCCAGACUGUACUCUGCUGGGUGUGAGGGUGGCCAAUGGCUGUCCUUGUGUCCAGCAGGCUGGGAUGGACACUGGCCCCCCCAUGGCCUGGCCACACAUAGCCCCUCCCUUGGGCAGUUUUGUGGGAGUUUGCAGUGUGGAAACAGUGCAAUAAAGAAACAGCAGAUACGUGGG